GGGAAACGUAGUUGAAAGAAAGAUUACCCGAAAUGCAAUAGAAUACUGGAAAUACCAGGCGGGCAAUAGGAAAAGAAGCACCAUGCGAUAAUUCUAUCUGUGAUAUAUAGCAGCUUCAUAAAUCUAAGGGGAAAAAAACAGUAACACGGACGAAAAUAGAACGGACUGUAGUUUACACGAAGAUAUUGUUUUGUCGACUAUGUUGUGAAUUGAGAUACGGGGAACGGGUUUGACUCUCACGCGGGCAUCAUUCAAAGCUAACUAGCAUGCUAGUUGUGAUGCUUGGUUGCUCUUCAUGACUGGUUGAAGUCCAAAUAUCUCUUUGGCAAUAAAUGCGUGCGUCCUAUAAAAACAAACACCAAACAUGUCGGGUUUCAACUUUGGUGCGGGGGCUCUUGGUGCAACCAACCCGGGUGGUGGCUUUUCAUUUGGAGCAGUAACAAGUACACCAGUGGCCAACACUGGCAACUUCGGGGCCGCCCUUGGAACAGCAGCCCCUACCUCCACCACCAGCACAGCCGCCGCAUCUCUUGGUUUGGGAGGCAGUCUUUUUGCUCAGAAACCCACUGGAGGAUUCUCUUUUAACACGCCUGCCUCAAGCGCUGCUGCACCUACUACAGGCUUUGCUUUAGGUGCCCCUGCUUCAACAGCUGCUACUACAGGAUUUAGCUUGGCUUUCAAUAAGCCUACUGCCUCUGCUACACCAUUCUCCCUCACCACCACUGCUACCACCUCCUCGUCAGCCCCUGCUGGUGCAGGUUUAACAUUUGGCUCCAUCCUGACAUCUACGGCUCCACAGCAGCCUGCACCCACAUCCUUCGGCCUUGGUCUUGGUGCAGUAACAAGCAAUGCAGCAGCCUCAACAGUCCCAUCGUUGGGAGGGAGCCUCUUCUCCAACACUGCCGCUACAGGUUUGGGUCAGACCACUCUCGGAGGAGCUGGGUUAACAUUCGGUUCACUCUUGGCUCCAUCCACAACAGUAUCAGUGGCCCCAGCCCCCAGUCUUGGCCUGGGUGGAGUGGACUUCAGCACUUCCUCUGAGAAUAAGAGUGACUCAUCGUCUGGAGCCAAUGCACAGGACAGUAAAGCUUUAAAAGAUGAAAACUUGCCUGCAGUCAUUUGUCAGGAUGUUGAGAAUUUCCAGAAAUUUGUGAAAGAGCAAAAACAGGUUCAGGAGGACAUCAGCAGGAUGUCAUCUAAAGCCAUUACUAAAGUCCAAGAUGACAUCAAGAAUCUAAAGCAGCUCCUCUCUGUCAGUGCCAGUGGUCUGCAGCGCCAAGCUUUGGCUAUUGACAAAUUAAAGCUGGAAACUGCGCAGGAGCUGAAAAAUGCUGACAUAGCACUGCGUACACAGAAGACUCCCCCUGGACUUCAACACGAAAACACUGCUCCAUCUGAUUAUUUCCGCAGUCUGGUGGAACAGUUUGAGGUGCAGCUGCAGCAAUAUCGACAGCAAAUUGAAGAGCUAGAAAACCACCUGACGACACAGAGCAGUGGAUCCCACAUCACUCCUCAGGACUUGUCUUUGGCCAUGCAGAAGUUGUACCAGACUUUUGUUGCUCAGGCUGCACAGCUCCAGUCAGCUCAUGAAAACGUCAAGAUCUUGAAGCAUCAGUACCUCUCUUAUCGUCGCGCCUUCCUGGAAGACUCCACUGACGUCUUCGAGUCCAAACGGGCAACCAACAGGAAGUGGCAGAGCGCGCCACGAGUCACGACAGGACCUGCCCCAUUCUCCAGUGUGCCCAACGCUGCAGCAGUUGCCAUGGCAGCCACAUUGACCCAGCAACAGCAGCCAACUCCAGGGACCCAGGCAGCCUUGGGGGCAGGGUUUGGGAACCCUUUUGCCUCGACAGUUGGCAGUAGCUUGGGCUCUUCUACCGUAGGAGGUUUUGGUGGUGGGCCAGCAUUUGGUGGGGUGGGGACUGGGGGAUCUUCUUUUGCCUUCUCCUCCACCAGUAAGCCCACAGGAGGCAGUCUGAGUGCAGGCUUUGGUAGCGCCAGCAGCUCAGGCUUCAACUUCAGCAACAAUCCUGGCAUCAACCCCUCGGCCGGCCUGACCUUUGGGGUGUCUAACCCUCCUGCUGCGGGCUUUGGCACAGGAGGGUCUUUUCUGCAGCUCAAGAAACCCCCUGCUGGUAACAAAAGAGGCAAGAGAUAGAACCAAGGAAAGACAGAAGAACCCUGUGAUUGACCAGCUGACCACCUUAGGGUUUUGCACUGGGUGAAAGCCUGGCCUCAAGAAAAGCAUGCAAGUGCUACAGGAAUCAUUAUCUAACUCCGGAAAGAAGAAAAUCAAAAGUGUGCUAAACUUUUAGACGGGUUAUAAUUCAUCAUCAAACCGCCACACAGGAUUACUAACCUGUUGACACAGUGGCUGCUCCAUAUUUUCUUUAACUUUUUUUGUAUUCUCCAUUGAUGUGAUCAAACUUUUAGUCCAAAUAAAUAAAUGACAAAAAUCUGCCCAUAUUAACACAUUCAUGCGGGAUCAAUUUAAAAAAAAAAAAAAAAGAUUUAUGUUUCUUGAACCUUAACAAUUAGUUGCUCUGGACAUGUGUAUUUUGAAGAUGAGUUGCCCUCUUCCAUUGACCAUGGGGGCUACUGGCAUGUAAUGAAAUCUGUAGCACCACAUUGCUUUUAGAGUUGCCAAUCAUGGACACACACGAGUCAAUUUGACAUCAUUUCAGCUACUGUAUGUGGAAAAUGGACUUAAAUAUUUCACAAGCAGGCUUUUGUGCUUUGAAAUUGACAGUGCAGUCGGCUCUAUUGUAUCGACACAAAUUCCAAUUGUAAAACUGCACUCGAACGACUCUCAAAUGAUGACUUUGUCCACGUUGUGUGUGUCCAUGGAAGUUUGUGAUAAGGUGCAAGAAGAAGAGGGUUCUGAUGUAAUGGUUGAUAUGAUUGAGUCUGGUUUCAGAAGUUUCGGGAGGGAGGGAGUAUUAUCUGAGUCUACAUAGUUUUAUAGGCACAGGAGUGUCCAGGGUGGGUUAGUUUUUUGGGGACGCACAAUUUUAUUUUUGUAUCAAGCGGGGAAAGACAUUAAGGAGGGGUAAAAGGGGAAUAUCAACUCGGGAUAGCCCAUUAUCUAGUCCACGUAACCUGUGUUCUUUUCACUUGACUCCAUCCUUAUCAUUGUUUAUUAAUGUCUUUAGACCCAUUUUGUUUGCCCUAUGUAUGUGUGUGUGUGUGUGUAAGAAGUCAGCAAACCUGUUUCUAUUACAUGGUUCCCAUUAGAUGUUACUUUAGCUGAAUCUAAAAGGGAUUUCAAAGACAGAUUCUAUCCACUUCGAUUUAUACACGUGCUUGGACAAAUUUGCACUUGCCAGUGUACGUGAUGGUGAUUGUGUGAAUGUGCAUGUGUGCCUAUUGCAAAAGUAUGAAUUUGUCUCUGGUCUGGUCUGUCAUGCUCAACUUUGUGGUUGGGGCGGUCGGUAUUCUGCUUCUUUUUUUUCCCUUCCUUUUUAAAUUGUACAUGUCUGUCCAGAUACCAAAUACUGGUAAUUGUACUAUCAUUUUCUAAUCUCAGUCUGUGUAAACAUGUAUUUUCAAGAAGCUGUUUAAUAAUAAAAUCUUCGUUUUGACCAAUUGCCUGUUUAUGGCAUCACUUCAAUAAAUGGGUGUCUUGACACUGAA